AUGGACACACCGGUUAGGCCGGAUAUUAGUAGAAUGCAUAAUACUGUGGCCACUACACCGGAUAAUGUAAAUACCCAGCGUGGAAGCCAGGCGCAAUACUCGCCGACAAUUAUAACAGCUGAUGACUCCGUGUUGCUGGGUGAACUUCGGCAAUUCCGUGAGGAUAUUUUGUCUCGACUAGAUUAUCAAGCGAACGCUAUCUUGGUAAUGCAAGAUCAGUUCACGCAAACAAAAAAUGAUCUUGAUAAGUUAGUUAAAAUAAUGACGGUGUUAGAACAAAAAAUUAAUCUCGAAUUGGUUCGAAAUGCUCAAAAUGUUCAAACUCAGGCGCAUUCCAUGGCAGCUAAACUAACGAAAGAGGUACCGACGACAACACAGUCAUCAUUUGCUGAAAUCGUUGGUCAAAAUAAGCCUAAUAAACCUAAACCCAAACAACAGGUGACUUCCCUACCAACUACAAGUAUGCACAGUGUAAACAAACGUGGGGCCAUGAAACCAACGGGAGUGGAAUCGCAGACAACUACUGAUAAUAAUCUUUCAUUCUCGGAUAAUGUUGAACAGUUGAACCAGGAGGUGGAAAUUGGUUGGACUACUGUACAAAAUAAAAAACCUAAUCGUUUGCCGAAAAAGUUUAAGAAGACAGACAUGGACUACGGCAGUGGAGGUCCUCCACCUCCAGGUAUGAUGAAGGACAGACACGGACCGCCACCUCCACAUCAUCCGCGCGAGCGUGGCUAUGGACCGGAGGGCUACGGCGGUGAGGGAUUUGUUCCACCACCGCCCAUGCAUCACCCAUCCAUGCCUCCACAGAAUCAGGGCGGGCCCCCGCAGCAAGGCGCCGUGAUGAUGGUAUAUGGGCUGGACCCCCAGACGGUGAACGCUGACCGACUGUUCAACCUCUGCUGUCUCUAUGGAAACGUUGUCAGAAUAAAAUUCUUGAAAACAAAAGAAGGUACGGCGAUGGUCCAGAUGGGAGACGCGGUGUCUGUAGAGCGAUGUGUCCAGAAUCUUAACAAUGUCACUGUCGGCGACUACACGUUAACGUUGGCUUUCUCAAAACAAGCGUACCUGUCAGAGGUAAUGAACCCUUACCCACUUCCGGACAAGAGUCCGUCGUUCAAGGAUUACGUUGGCAACAAGAACAACAGGUUCCUGACCCCUGCCUCCAUACAUAAGAACAGAAUACAGCCGCCUUCCAAGGUGCUGCAUUUCUUCAACACACCGCCGGAUGUAUCGGAUGAUCAACUUCUCCAGGUGUUCAAAGAUUACGGUGUCACUCCACCACACACAAUCUCCAAGUUUCCGCUGAAGAGUGAAAGGUCAUCAUCAGGUCUGAUGGAGUUCCAGAAUAUCUCCCAGAGUGUGAUGGCGAUAAUGGCCUGCAACCACGCGACUAUUCAGCAUCCAGGUGCAAAAUUCCCGUUUGUAAUGAAACUCUGCUUUUCAUCGUCGCGGCAAAUUGGCCAAGGCAAGGGCCAAAACCCCAAUAAGAGUCAAAAUCAAAAUCAAGAUCAAAAUAACCAGAGACAAGGUCAAAACAACGGCUUGGCUGAACAUGAAUACUAG